UAAAAUUUUGAGUCACAGGAGUGAAGAUUUGGCGUUCAAUGAUUGGUCAAACUCUGUCACAUGAUCACUAUCACCUGAUUUAUGUUUUAAAAACAUGGCGACGAAGCCGGGAAACCCGGACAGAGGUUGGAAUGAUCCGCCGAUGUUUUCAUAUUCAAUAGAAAACAAUGCUCAGAAAUCGCCAAGAAGAAAUAUAUUGAACAAACGAGUUGGGCACAAUUUGACAACUCCCGCGGAGAAGUCAACUGGAUUACCUGCUGCAGUUGGUUUAAGUACUAAUCCAACUAUGCCUCCACCAUCACUCCCUCUUUCAUCACAACCAUCAAUACAACCAUCAGUACAACCAUCAGUACAACCAUCAUCAGCUGAGAUCACUGAAACAGAAUGUGAUUCAAGUAAUCAAACAGAGACAUCCAAUUUACAAGAAGACUGUUUAAUCAAAUUUAGAGAAGUAUUAUCAAAGUGUCAAGAAUUUAUAAAGUCCAAAGUGGCCGAUGAUAUUAAUAAAAAACUGAAUAUAUUAUCUGAUAUGUGGAAGCAGAGUAUUUUAUCACCUGAAGUGCAAAAUAAAACAUACCAGUUAUCACAAGCAUUAUCAAGAAGUGAAUACGACAAAGCCAAUGAUAUUCAUAUAGCAAUGAUGGUUGAUCACGUGUCUGAGGUUAGUCAGUGGAUUGUUGGAGUUAAGAGGUUAAUACAAGAAGCUAAAAAAAUACUGCCAUUACCACCCCAAGAAUCUGAAGAAGCUCACAAAGACAAAAAUGUGAAAUUAACAGAAGGAUGA